AUGAUCACGGCCGACUUCGAGUCUUCGUCAUACUAUCCUCGCGGUGGGCGCGGAAGACAGAAAAUAACAGCAUUGAAGACUAUGCUGAUCACCCUGGCGUACCUGGGCACGCAGUGGUCCAUGAAUGCCAUAGCCGACAAGUUUGGUGUCAGCGAGUCGACGGUGCACGUCGCGAUACGCCGCGUUUUGGACUUUCUGCUGUCCAUAAGCGAAAGAGAAAUACGCUGGCCUAACGACGAGGAGGCUGCACGAAAUAAGCGUGCGUUUCGCGCACUUGGCCGUUGUGACGGCGUCGAGGCUGGCCUGCCAGAUGUCAUCAGUGCCAUUGAUGGAUGCCAUGUUCGCAUCACAAGACCCACAGACUGCGAGGAGGACUACUACAACAGCAAUGAGUUCCACUCCAUCAUCCUCCAGGCUGUUUGUGAUGCCGACAUGGUGUUCUUUGGCGUAUUCGUUGGCUUCCCAGGCAGAGCACACGACGCCAGGGUGUUGGAGGAGAGUUUUCUAUUCGAAGAGGCAGCGUCGAGAUUCGAUGGUGGAUAUCUUUUGGGGGAUGCUGCUUACCCUCUGCUUCCGUGGCUGCUGCCACCUUACCGCCACGUCACAAGCAGCUGGCAGCCAUGGAUGAGCAAGUUUAACCAUGUGCACUGCAAGCGACGCGUUGUUAUUGUAAUAGCAUUUGGCCUGCUGAAGGAACGUUUCCGGCGAUUGGACAAGAUCGAUGUUAACAGCAUUCCGCAGGCUGUGGAAAUUGUGAUGGCAGCUUGUGUGCUGCACAACCUUGCCCGCAGACAUGUCGAUGUUUUUGAAUAUAGUGAUAUUGCAAACAGCGACCUUGGCAUAUUCUCCAGUGAGCCAGUUGAUGUUGACCACAAACCUACGUUGGCAGCAAGGCUGCGGGACCGUUUGGCCCAGAAUCUGCCAUUGUGA